UUGUAUUACUGUUCUCAGAAAACCCUAUCUCACGACAGUGUCUCGCUAGCCUCUGAAUCCUCACUCGGUUGAGAACUGAAAAAUGUUUUGAGCACCGUCAACAGACUCCUCUUUUUCGUCAGCCAGCUACUGCUUUAGGUUCUCAGACUCCGUUGGCGACUUCUCCGGCAAAAUGCUCUAUUGAAUACUCGUAUGGCCCCUUCCUUGCUCGCUGAGGUAAUUUCACAACUGCACAGACAGGAAUUGUCAAUGGGGCGUAAUUUGUCUAGUCAUUCACAAUCUCCCAUCAGAGGUCGGGGUUCUCCUCAUAGGAAAAGCCCGUCUCGGAGAGAAAGAUCACCGGCACGACACAGGAGCUCCCAUAGGGAUAUCUCUCCAGCAAGAGAGAAGCGCUCAACUCGUACUAGAUCUCCGAAGCAUGAGAUGUAUCACUCUUCCUCUCCGCCACGGCAUAGGAGCUCCCAGAGGGAUAGCUCCCCACAGGCAAGAGAGAAAAAUUAUAGUCAUGAAAAGUCUCAGUCUCCUUCUCCAAGAACAAAGCGGUUAAGGAGGGCACAAGCUGAGAGAGAAACUGAGCCUGCAGAGGAGAGGGACCAUGAAAGGAAUCGUGGUAAGGGAGAUGAUAAGGGUACACGUGGGGAAAGAGAGACAGGAAAAUUGUCUGGGAGAGAACGUGAAAAAAGUCAUGGCAAGGGUGGUAAGGGUGCAUAUAGAGAAAGAGAGGCUGAGAAAUUGACUGAGAGAGAGCAUGAAAAGAAUCAUGGGAGGGUUACUGACAGGAAUACACAUAGGGAAAGAGGUGAAGAUAGGGAUGGAGCUGAGAGAAUGGAGAGAAGGUCAGGAAAAGAUGCAACUGACAGCAAGUCUUAUAGAGCCAGGAAUGGAAGAUCAACUUCUCCAUCAGAUCACCACCACAGGAACAAACAUAGAUCUCGAUCACCCCAAAGAGAUGGCAAUAGGAGAGAACGUGAUGAGGUGACCAACUCAAGAGGAGCAGAACGAAGAAAUGAUGAUGAUGAUGAUGAUGAUUCUGUGGCAAAGAUGAAGGCUGCUGAGGAGGCCUUGGAAGCAAAGCAGAAGCAACAACCUUCAUUUGAGCUAUCUGGAAAACUUGCUGCUGAAACCAAUAGGGUUAGAGGUGUUACACUACUGUUUAAUGAGCCUCCAGAUGCUCGCAAACCUGAUAUAAGAUGGCGACUCUAUGUUUUCAAGAAUGGUGAAGUGCUGAACGAACCCCUCUAUAUACAUCGUCAGACCUGUUACCUUUUUGGGAGAGAAAGAAGGGUUGCAGAUAUUCCUACAGAUCACCCAUCUUGUAGCAAGCAACAUGCAGUCAUUCAAUUCCGGCAAGUAGAAAAGGACCAGCCUGAUGGUACCAUAUCUAAGCAAGUAAGGCCUUAUUUAAUGGAUCUUGGAAGCACAAAUAAAACUUUUAUUAAUGAUAAUCCGAUUGAACCUCAACGUUAUUAUGAGCUUUUUGAAAGAGAUACUAUUAAAUUUGGUAACAGUAGCCGAGAAUAUGUACUAUUGCACGAGAAUUCAGCAGGCUGAUGGGUGUCGACUUGCAUCUUGAAGUUGUUAUUACGUCUUCAUCGAGUGGGAGAUGCAGGAGCAUUUUGCUUGUCUACAACACUUGUGUUCUAAGAAAUAGGAUACCUUUAUUCAGUGGGGAUUUUGCUGUGAUUAAGAUUGGACAGAUCUUGUAUCAAAUGUGGUCAUUUUCAUACUACAAUGCUACUCUUUUUAAUGCUCAUCAGCUAUUUGCUAUGCUUGCCUUCCAGGCUGAGGUUACUCGUACUGAAUCCUUAGUACAUUUUCAUACUUCUCCA